CAGUGCGAGUCGAGCCCAGCGCAGGAACGAGGAAGUGCGACCGUCCCGGGAUUCAAACCCGCAACACGGCCGCGAACGGGAAAAAGAAAUGUCCACACAUGCGGCGGAGACAGCCGAGCUGCGGCUGGCGGUGUUGGGCCGCGCGGCGGACGGGAGGCGGUCCGUCGUCAGCUCCAUCCUGGGCCUGGCCGAGCCGCCACCGGGCCGGGCGGCGGAGGAGUGCAGCAAGCACCGGGGAGAGGCUGCAGGCAGACGGGUGGUGGUCGUCUCCAGUCCGGUCUGGUUGGGCACAGGCUGCGACCCCGAGGAAAGGAGACGACACGUCUCCUCCUUCCUCGCCUUGUCCAGCCCGGGUCCUCACGUCUUCCUGCUGCGCGUGCCCGUGAACCAGCCGGCCGACGGAGAGGCCAACGAGCUGGACGUCCUGGAGAAGCUGUUCGGCCCCUCGGCGGUCGCCGCUCACGCCAUCGUGCUCUUCACGCACACCGAGGAGCUGGAGGAGGACGAGCAGCUGUCGGGUUACCUCGCCACGUGGCGCAAAGACCUCCUGGAGCUGGUGGAGAGGUGCGGCGGGCGCUACCACACCCUGGAGACCCGCGGGGAGGAGGAGGAGGAGGGGAAGGCCGUGAAGGAGUUGAUGGAGAAGGUGGAGCAGGCGCAACCCUGCAGCUGCCCUCUGUACCAGGAGGCGGAGGAACGGGUGCGAGAGAGGCAGGUGGAGAUGGUGAGGCGGAGGAGAGGAGGGGACCACGUGGACCCUCAACUGGAGGGAGAUGUCACGGAGGAAGAGAUGGCCGCGGUCCGGGAUGAGGCGGAGAGGAGCGUGGGCGACUUGGACGUGGACGUGGAGAGUAUCUUCCCUCCUCCAUCACCUCCCCUCCCCGCUCCCUCCCUCCUCCAGGGCUUGUGGGAGAAGCUGACCGGCUGGACGAGGUGGCUGCCCCGGGUCCUGCGGAGGGAGGCCCUGCUGGGAGCGCUGGUCGGCCUGUUCGUGGGAGGCCCGUUCGGAGGCAUGAUAGGAGCCGCCGUGGGAUCGGUGGCCACCGAGGUGGCGAGAAGAAAAACAGAGAAAACUAAAUGAGGCAUAACCUCGUGUUUAAUGUGUCACGCACCUUAGAGUCACGCCACUGUGUUCGGCACGCCAUCGUAUUAUUGAGAUGUUCGGGUGAGCAGCUGGCACCUGCUAAAGAGUAUUCAUGCAUGAUGCUUCACCACUGAGCACCAGUACUUAUGUUUUCCUUUUUCAGAAGGGAUACACUUCUCUAAUGAAGCGAUCUCCUGAACCGUGUUAUCUGAUUGGCUGUAUUAAUGAUGAAUAAAUCAUGCUUUACAUAUCAAUAA